AUGCAGCCUCCCCGCUAUAUCCCGGCCAUGGGCAGCCAUAGGUUUUAUUUUAGGGGGACGUACUUCCGCAUCUACCGGGAGCGGGAAAGCAUGCUCGCCAGUAACAGCAACCACUUUGGUGCCUCGGUAAUCAAAGAUACCGAGACCAUGGUACUUUCCUGCUUUUCAUUCUCUGCGGAGCCAAUCAAAAGGCUGCUCCAGCACAUAAGGGAGGUCUGCUUCAAGGGGAGCUCCGGCCGCACUAUCAUCAAACGGCCCGGCCCAUCUAUGACGCGCAGGUUUGGAGGCGGAAACGGGUGGUCCACAGUGGCCAACCGGCCCGUCAGGCCUAUGUCUACCGUCGUGCUUGACAACAAGCAAAAGGGCCAGCUCCUGUCCGAUAUCAACGAGUACCUGCACCCGAACGCCCCGAUGUGGUAUGCCACUCGCGGUAUCCCGCUGCGCCGCGGAUACCUCUUCCACGGGCCUCCGGGUACGGGCAAGACGUCACUGUCGUUUGCAGUCGCCGGUGUUUUCGGCCUCGACAUAUUUGUCAUUAGCCUGCUCGACCCAGGGCUAACCGAGGAGGAUUUGAUCUUGCUUUUUAAUAGCCUGCCCCGCCGGUGUGUUGUGCUUUUAGAGGAUAUCGAUACGGCUGGUCUGAGCCGCCCCGAUAACGACAAAGACGACUUCGCUCGCGAUAGCAAUAAGGCUGCGAGGCCCGUGAGGGCGCAUCCCAAAGCGAAGCGUGGAGGGUACACAAUGGGCGGGCCUGGCUUCGAAAGGGAGGGCAACGGCAUCUCGCUUUCCGGCUUACUCAACGCCAUCGACGGCGUGGCGUCACAUGAGGGAAGAGUGCUCAUAAUGACCACCAACCGACCUGAGGUGCUGGACGAGGCUUUGAUCAGGCCUGGCAGGGUUGAUCUGCAGAUCGCCUUUAAGAACGCCACCAAGAAUCAGGCCGGCGAGCUAUUCCAGCACAUGUACGCGCAAAGGAUUCCGGUCACUGGAGCAAGCGGCACCAUUACCCAGGACAACACCAAUGAAAAGAAUGGAGCGGGCGCGCACGGCAGCGGCAGCGAGCAAAGCGAGGCGGCGGCCGAGCUGGCGAGGAACGCAGCCGACUUCAGCAAGAAUAUUCACGAGUGCCGCUUCUCGCCCGCCGAGAUUCAGGGCUUCCUUCUUAAGCACAAGGAUGAUCCACACCGAGCACUCCGCGAGGUCGAGAACUGGGUUUCAGAAACGAAUAGGCAGAAGGAGAGCAACAGCAUGGCCCUGCAGGUGCAAUAA